AUGAAAUCAGUUGUGUUCCUAUCACUCGUAAUUUUCUUCAGUGUUCUACCCAAGUACAGUCAACAAACAUUUUGGAGAAAACCAACAUUGCCAUCAGAUCCAAAUGCCAACGUUUACCAGAGUAAGUUAAUAAAUAAUUUUCACUCAAGUAUUUUAUCGUUUGGGAAUUUUGACUGUCACAGUGUGCAUGCCUGUUAAAAGCAGUGCAAGUCCAGUUAUCUUUCCCAGUCCCGUCUGAACGGGGGUUUUAUACUGUGGGAAACUAUAACCACUGAACCAUAUAUACAAUCAAUUACGUUUCCUAGAACUGCAAAACAUCCCUUCUCCACAACAGACCGCACAGAAGAUUUUGGCCAAUUUCAUAGGCUUUCAUUCAGGAAAGUACGUAGGGAAAAGAGCAAUUACUAAAGAGGAUAUUGUCAUUGUUAUGGACGGGUCAGGGUCAGUCGGUCAAUGUGAAUUUAAUGAAGGACGAAAGGCGUUGACCCAAGCAAUAGAAAUGUGCGAGGCAAAGGGAAGCUAUAGCUGCCGACAUGCUGCAGUCACCUUUUCGUCCGGAGCAAUAGUCAAUUUCAAAUUCCUACCUUCCGCACAAGCAAGUCAAAAAAUGAGCGCAAUCACCUAUCCUUCUGGCGGGACAAAUACACAAGCAGGAUUGGCAGAAGCAGAGAACCUAUUCCGAUCAGGUUGGUGGCAAUGGAGCAAGUUCCCAUUACACAAAAGUUACUCUAGUGUAGUUCCAGGUUUUCCUCAAGGAAAGGUUCAAUAGGGAUUUUUAGUAGUAUACAGUUUUGUGCUCUGUCUGCUUCUGCAGUACUAUAAUGUGCAUCGUUUUGUGGGGAUUGUUGGGAUCCCUAAAUAUAAAUGUUUUAUUAAUACAGGUCCUUAAUUGACCUUAUGAUAUUAUUAAUUGGUUAUACGUUGUUUGAGUACUUUAUAGUUUUUUGGAAUUGCCUGUGCAGUUUUACUAGGAAUAUUUAAACGAAACAGUCAUGCAUUUAUAUAACUACAAUACACUCUCCAUGCAGGCAAAUGGCCAUCCAUAUAUAUAAUUUUUCAUUUUCCUAAAAUUCCAAAAUAAAAUUCGAUAUCAACUCACUUUUGCCUAAAAUAUUGUUCGAACUUUGUUUAUACUGAAACUUGUUAAACUUCAGUUGAAAUCGACUGCGUGUAGUAAUUAGUAAUGACCGUCAAUGUAUUAUGUGAUGUGUUUCUUUUAUUAAGGAAGCCAACCCUUUUCAAAAUUAAAGGUUCUUCUCAUGACUGAUGGACAGUCGAAUAUAGAUAAAUCUCUAACAAUACCCAAUGCUAAAAAGCUCAAGGGUAUGGGUGUGGACAUUUUUGUUGUUGCAGUCGGUGACCAUAUCCAUGGAAUAGAUGAAAUGGCUAAAGUGGCUUCAUAUCCUCCAGAGAAAUACGUUUACCGAGUAAAGACAAACAGCGCCCUUGUAUACGUUUUCGAAUUGGCUUGGGAGAAAGUGAGAAAUGGUUACAAGGCAAAACCGUACGCACCUCCAUGUAGUUGAACGUAGUCAUGACGGACUGAUUAAUUUGAUUAAACCUCCAGUAAAUUUACAAAUGUGAUUAUGAAUGUUGAUUAUAAAUAUAUAGACUAGACAAAAGUACAUCAUAUAUGUCAUAUAUGAUGGUGCAUGAAUAAACUUGUAAUGAAGAAAUAAUAAACAGUAAUCCAUGCAAUCUUGUUUUUUUUUUUAAAUCGCUUAUCCUCCUCACGCAAACCACCCUCCCCACAUAUCAUCCAGUUGAUGAAUUGGGCUAGUCAGGGCUACAGGCUAUAUAAUAUAUAGUUCAUCAUGAUUAAAUUCCGAAGCUUUUCACUAAAACCCAACAGAAAGAUAAGCCAAAGUAUCUAGAGAACCUCUGAAUCUGCAUGCAUGCAUGACUAUUCGAAAACAGCAAAUUUAGGACAGGACCACCUCCCUCUGAGUUUUUAGAUUUCCACAAAUACCAUACCUGAAACGGAAUAUUUAUGAUAGGGGACAUAAAUUAUCAGUUAGAGGUUGGGUAUAGGUCAUAGAUAUAGGAGAUCUAGAUUGCUAACGCAUACCUAGCGCAGGCGGGGCCUACAUGAUAAAUCCAAGAUGGCGGUACAACAGGGCAAAAAGACUAUAAAUUCUAUUACGAAAAUCAGGACUUUUGCAUUUUUUGCCGUCGCAUUGUUUUGAAACUUAUUCGGUCAAAUUUUAUGGUAAAGAGAAACUUGCCGCGAAGAUUUUGAGCAUAUAUAUGAUUGAAUUGGAUGAAAACUCGCAAAAUUAUCCAAGGAUAAAAGUUCGUGUAUAGUACUGAUAUAGUACUAUAUAUGUAACUUGUACAGUUUUGCUUUAAUUUUCGCUCACUAUUUGCAUAGAAAGCAAAUUAUAACAGACCAUGGAUGAUAGACCCUCAUCCAGUGCUCUCAUCAGUUUACUUCUCUAACAAGCAAGGAGGGGGGGGGGGUACAUAACAGUUCAUUUUUCAUAAUUAUGAGGACAGAGCAGAUGAUGAUGAGAGAUGCACGUAUAAAACACCAUUCACAAAGCUAGAUGCUAACAUAGCACAGUAUUUCUGGCAAUAAAACGCUCCAACUGACCAACUGACCAUUUCACACGAACUUUUAUCACUGGAUAAUUUUGCGAUUUUUCAUCCAAUUCAAUCAUAUAUAUGCUCAAAAUCUUCGCGGUAAGUUUCUCUUUAGCAUAAAAUUUGACCGAAUAAGUUUCGAAACAAUGCGACGGCAAAAAAUGUAAAAAUCCCGAUUUUCGUAAUACAAUCUAUAGUCUUUUUGCCCUGUUGUACCGCCAUCUUGGAUUUAUCAUGUAGGCCCCGCCUGCGCUAGGUAUGCGUUAGCAAUCUAGAUCUCCUAUAUCUAUGGAUUCAAGGACCAUUUACGCUGAUCUUAACCGGUGAAGGUAAAAUGCCCUGGGGACGAGGUUGAAACCACAUUUCAAAAUUAUGUAUGUAAAUUAGUAUGGAAUAAAUUAUGUCCAGGAUUUCUGGCACAUUAUAAAUUAAUAUAUUUUAUUUAGUUUUGGAAGCAUCGUUGAAUCAGGGUUUUGGAAUUACCUGGCUUUCUCCUGGACCAACAGUGGUGAUUUACAUUGCAAUUUGAAUGGCGUCCAUAAGCAGAUCAGCUCUAAUUUUUUACGAAAUGUUCCAUUUGCUGUAGGCAGAGAAGAAAUUUGGGUAAUUGGAGGUGAAUAGAAUACAUUAGUACUGAAGCAAUUAUUUGCUGAGUAUCCACUUCUUACGCACUAAAAUGCAAACGUUGGUCACAGGACGUAAACGCUUUUGUUUACCGGUUGUAAACAGACCGUGGACGACGUCUAAAUCUGUCGUGGGAUUUUAAUUAUUCGUUUCUUUUUUCUUAAAUAUUAUUAAUUUCAUUGUAUCACUAGCCGUCGUCGUCACGUUGCCGUCCUUGAUCUUAUAGCCGGUUUUCCACUUCGCCCGUAUCGUACCAAUCUCGUACCCAGAGCAAUGCCUGUGCGCGGGCUAGGAUGGCAUUGGCUCUGGGGAAAUUGAAUUUUUCCUGUGCUGUGAUUGGUUUAACGUUUGUCAAUCGUGGAUGCCGACAAAGAACCAGAACCUCUAAAUUUAGGUUGUCAAUUUCCCCAGAGCCAAUGCCUUACUAGCCCGCGCACAGGCAUUGCUCUGGGUACGAGAUUGGUAUCGUACCAAAACGUACUGGCAUGGAUAAUAAAAUACAUGGAUAGGAAACUAGCUGACGUGACCUAAUGUUUUCAAUGGGAUGAUGGCGUUGCAACCUAGUUGCAAACCAAAUUCUCAAAAACGGCAUGUUUAGCGAUAAUACAGCUAAACAUUUUAGUCAAAUAGCAAAUAAACAUGACUAAGCCAUUCUACGAUGAAAUCUCUAAGUAUUCCCGGUCAAUUUUAGCAAAUAUUUCAAGCACUACACACUGAAAAAUGCAUCGCAAAUUUCGUAAAAAUUGGCGACGCCAAUUUCGUAGCUACAAAUGUUAAAAAAUACAAAACAAAGACGAAAAACACUUACCUUGAAUACCUUGUCGUGGCCAUACGGUUGAAGUGGAAACAGCCUCUAAGAAGCCAGAGCAUAUGGUCUUUUAGAAUAAGUAUAUUUUAGACACACUUCAUCAUAAAAAGCAAAAAUGAAACUGAUACUGGUUAUAGGUCUAAUAAAUGUAUAAAUAUUCCACUCGAAAAUUUCUUCAGACCCCUUUUUCCAAAUAUACAAUGAUCCCUUCGAGAAUAGAUAAUUCCCAUUAGGGGUGUACCGGAACCAGUUUUUAAGUUCCUGCCGGAACCGGAUCCGACCGGAACUGGAAAAAAGUUCCGGCCGGAAGUUCUGGCUGGAACCGGAACUAAUUUAUUGAGCCAUAUAUAGUCAUAUGUUACUUUGUCCGCUGCCAGACAGGCAGACACUUCAAGUCAUCAAGGAGAGAGCUCGCAAAUGUUAGAAUAAAAAAAUUGACAAGCGUUAAACGUCAUAAUGAAGUGUUAAAAGUGUACGUACAUUUCCCUUGCGUAGUCCAAAUUUCUUCCUACUGUGACCUUUUGUUAGACACAAAAACGUUUGAUAUUCUAUCUCUCUGAAAACGACAGAGUUCCGGUUCCGGCCAUGCUUUUUUACUAGUUCCGGCCGGAACCGGAACUGUAGAAAAUCGGGGUUCCGGCCGAACUAACCGGCCGGAACCGAGUUACGGUGCACCCCUAAUUCCCAUUACAGACUAAUUUUUUACCUUGGCAAAAAAGUAUAUUCCCGGAAAGAGCGUACUAAAAUUAGCAAAAUUGCAAAGUUUGGUUGCAAAAUGUUGUAAAAUGCGGAAAAUGCAGCCUUGGAAAUUUCGCAUAUUUUGUAUACGCCAGUAUUGCGUGCGGAAAUUGCCAUUUGGACCGAAAAUAGGGAGUUUAAGCUUCACGUUUCCGGGAACGGCAAACGGCAUGUUCCAGCUUUCUUGGAAAAAUUUUCGUUGAACGUUUUCGUUUCAUAUUUCCUUUCUUGCGUUGAAAGAAUGAUCAUGUAUUUCAGUCUUAAAACAGCAAGUUCAUUUACUCUUUAAUUAUUGCCUGAUACCGUAAAAUUUUUCUUUGCCUGGCGUUUGCCGUUUGACGUAUAACGCGAAGCUCAAACUCUCCAAUGAUAGCAAUUUCCGCACGCAAUACAAAAGUAUACAAAAUUUGCAAACUUCGCAAAGCUAUAUUUUCCUCAUUUUACAACAUUUCGCAACCAAACGUUUUGCAAUUUUACUGUAGUGAUUUACUUGCAUCUCCUUGCCUAGUUUUAAAAUUAGUCUAUAAUGGGAAUUGUCUAUUCGUUAUAUCGAGUGAGAUGAUCAAACUCGUGAUAUUUACCCAUACACCUUCCAUUGGCAUCGCCUUACAGUUACAUUGGGUUUUGAUUGGGGUUGAGGGGUUAGAGGUUAGAAUCGGGGUCAGGGUUGACUUUCCGAUUAAGGCACUGUUGGAUGGCUCAGAUGAUCGUCCUUGUUGCAUGGGUAUCGCUCGUAUUUCUCAAUUUAGAAAUCCUGGCUGUUACCCGUUGACAUCAUGUGACAUGGGUUCUCGCAUAAAAAAUCCACUCCAAAAUCUCCAUUUACAAAUUCAUUUAAUUUCUCAUUCUUAUAUUUCAGAUCGAAACAACGGGAGUAUCAUAGGGCGUGUGGCCCAAUUGAACUUGUGGCUGGACCCGCUACCACCACCUGCUUUGAUGGCGAUGUCGCGUGGAAUCAACGGAGCUGGCUGUUAUGGCUGCAUUAGCUGGCAAGCAUUUUGUGAUCGCCGAAAAGGAAACGUGGAACCACUCGUGGGCAUGAUUUACUACCUCCCAGGUACGUGUUGUUGAGACAUUUACAGUCAAAAUACACGAACGGUCCCAUUUCCGUAACUUGUUUUGUAUUUCUGUAAUUUGUUUUAUUUUUCUGUAGCGAUUACCGCUUUAUCGGCAAAUAUCGCGAUCGGGUCCGGUAGAAUUUCGCUAAUUUCCUUCGUUUACAUACGUCAAUUUGUAGCAAUGGAUACACAUUUCGUUAGAUUCUUUGCAUAAAAGUUGCGAAGCGUAGAUCUUAUAGCGAUAUUUGCUGAUUUUUGCUGAUAUUUGUUUUAAACCGCCGCUCAUAGUAUGUUCAUACUAUACAAAUUUAAAAUUACCGACUACAAUCAUUUCAUGACGUACUAAAAUUAAAGUUCGCAACUUUUAUGCAAAGAGUCUAACGAAAGAUGUAUCCUUAAUUUGCUACAAAUUUACGUAUAAAAAGGAAAGAAAGGGGAAUUCUACCGCAAUAUUUGCCGAUAAAGCGAUAAUCGCUACAGAAAAAUAGAACAAAUUACAGAAAUACAAAACAAGUUAUGGAAGCGGAAGUGGGAAGGUUCUUGUAUUUUGACUGUAAGCCUGGUGUACUUGCACUUGAAAUGCUGACAGAGUAAUACCACAGAUUAAGUCAUACAGAAGGUCGACUUCUUGGUUUUUCCUAUGAUUUUCCAAUGAUUUGGGCGUAACCGUAAUUCGUCAUCAAAAUGCUGACGCCAUGGUCCUAGCCAGUGCGCGUUUGAGAGGCAUUCACCCGCCUGAUAAUAUUCAGAAUGGCGGACGUCCAGUGGAUAAUGCCUCUCAAGCGCGCACUGGCUAGGACCAUGGCGUCAGCAUUUUGAUGAUGAAUCAUGGCGUGACAGCGGUUACUCGUGUCGACCUUCUGUGUGUCUUUAUUCUGUGGUAAUACACUGGAAUUUUGUUUCAAAAUCCUGACUAUGGAAACAGCAUGGAUCGUCGUUGGAAAUGGUAUGGUUUGCAUACUAAUUGCAAUUUCCCUUCUAUAUAUGGGUUGUUUGCCAUUUACGUGAUUCCAUACGGAAAUGGAACAUGUGAAUUUGGAACAUGUAAUUUUUCACAUGAGAACACAUGUGAAAUUAUGAGUUUCACAUGUGAAACUUCACAUGUGAAAUUUCACAUGUGAAGUUUCACAUAUGAAUUUGGAACAUGUGAAACAUAAUUUCACAUGUGAAAUUUCACAUGUGAAAAAUCACAAGUUCCAAAUUCACAUGUGAAAGUUCACACAUGUGAAAUCAUGUGGACUUUUUGUAAGGCGUAAAUGGAACAAACAUUUUUCGACAGUCCAACUGGAACUUUUCCUGAAUGAACGAUUUGUUUGAAAAGGUUGUCCUCUCUUACUGAUUGGAACGUUUCAACAAAGCAUGAGAAAGUCCGCCAGCAUGGUAGCCUGCAUGGCAGGCGGUCUAAAAUACCGCCUGCUGGGUUUGGCAGUGUAAUUUGAUAACCGCCCACUUUUUUGUCCGGGCCCAAUUAGCCAAUCAGCAAACACUAAAUGUAUUAAUAAUCAAACUGUCAAACUAUGUUUAAUUAUUGUUUGGUCGCAAAAUUGCAAAUGUAUGAAAAUAUGUCGAGAGAAACGCCAUUGAAAGUUCAGGGAAAAUGUAAAUGACUUAAGUGUGCUUUGAAAUUAAACUAAAAUACGGGGCAAUACGCCAAUAGAGAAAAUAUCUUAUAUUCUUAUAUAUCGUCGGAGAAAUUAUUUAUUUAAGGCAAAGAAAAGAAACGUUACGACAGUGGUAAAACCUUGGCCAAAAUAAGCCGAAUUGCCGGUUCAGUUCAUUUAGGAAUCGAAGUUAAUUCUACCUCGGAACUAUCCGACCAAGUUUGUAAACCGUGUAAGCGAAAUAUCCGAAAUGCAAGCGAACUGAUUGCCAUUUAUAAUCAAACGAGACAUAAACGCGUUGCCUGUGUACGUUCGAACAAAUAGACAGUUGUAUAUUAAAAACCUCAGUUGCCAAUAUUAACUGUCUCAUCUCCCUAACGAAGCUGUGUGGUAACGAAAGCCUUAAAAAGUUCAGAAAGUGAAGCGGCUAACAGGCCUAGGCGUAAUAGUCCUGUUAUUGUUAUAAAACCCGUUGCAAGAAAGACUAUACGGCCGUCUGUAACUAUUCUCGUUAUAUUUUCUCGCGCCAAUAAGAACAAUGUAAAAAUCAGGCUUUUCCCAUAGAAUGGCCAAAGCAUUCUUUCCAAGGAGUAAAUCUUUAACUGCUAUCUCUUGCUCGCAUUAAUUGAUAAUCAGUUCGCGCCGAGUUCGACUUUCGAGAAGCGUUCAGUUUUACAACACCUAUUAAUAGGGGGAUUCAAGGUUUCCGACGCCAUUGGCUCAGGGGGUGCAAACACAUUGGGGCGAGCGCGCGGCCAACGCCAUUUCCCAUACUAUUUUAUAUUAGGAGUGGGAAAAUUACGUUUGCACAAUUUGUUGAAUUUCUGCAAAAAUAUUAAAGAAUCGUUCAAUUUUACAAGUUAUCAAUUUCUGGGUAUUUUCUGAUGUCUGUACGGGUUUUCAUCCGAAUCAAAGGCCUGGAAGUAUUAAAAUAUGGCGAGUUCGUUGGGACGUUUUGCGAGCUGUUUAUUAUAGUUUAGUAUUGUUUACAUGUCAGCGUGUAUGUGAAAACAUUCGGUUGCUUCGAAAUUUAACGCCCGAAAUGGAUGAAAUUUUCGCUGAACAUUUAACAAAUAUAAAACAUUUUCCGUGUUGAUAUACAGUUAUAUCAACAUUAUUAUCAUUGUUAUUAUCUGUUAAACUGUUUCCAAGAGGAUUUAAAAGUGUGCGCCAGUUACUGUGUGGAGUUUUGAGUGAAUCUUACUGGAGUGUUUAACUCGUAUAUGCUCCAAGACCAAAUGCUCUUGCAAUCAGUUAGCAUUUGAAUCAGUUUGCUUGAAGCCACGAAUAUUCUUCACUAAGGCGCGGUAUUGCAAAAUAUACAUGUUUUGUAUACAUACUUUACAGUUAUACUCAUCUAUAUACAUAAUAUACAUGUCUAUAGACAUAGCCCAAAAAAUAUACAUGUCUAUAGACAUAGCCCAGUGACUGUAUAUAUUGUAUAUUCUCGCUUUUAUCAACUUGCUAGUCUGUAUAUACACAAUAUACAUGUCUAUAGUCAAAAUUGUAUAUAUUGUAUAUUCUCGCUUUUAUCAACUUGAUUGUAGUCUGUAGAUAUGCAGGAAGCCUUGUUUUGUAAUUGUGUAUUUAUGACUAGAUGUAUACACUAUAUAGCUACUCUUUGUCCUUUGACAUUCACUCAAACACUUACAGUCUUACUAUAUACACUGCAUACACUUUUGACUAUAUACAGAUAAUAUACCUAGAGUAUAUAUUGUGUAUAUAUGUACUUUUUGACAAAACUCAAACACUAGUCUGGCUAGUCAAAAGUGAAUACAGUGUAUAUAGUGAUGUACUGAUAGUAUAUGCACAUUGUGUAUAUACGUUUAUACUGUACACUUAUCACUAUAUAUCUCCGUAUACACUUUUGACUAUAUACGGAUAAUAUAUGUACAGUAUAUUCUGCACAUACAGUACAAUAGUAUAUACACAAUAUACACUAUGAGUACUCUGACAUUCACUCAAACACUCACUGUAUAUACCAGUCACCAACUAUAUACAAGUUUGGUCAUAUAGGCUGCAGAAUAUACACAAUAUAUCCUACUUAUCUAUAGUGUAUACAUCAACAUAAUAUACAGGCUAUUCUGUACAUUACUAUAUACACUUUAUAUACUAUUUAUACAACACUCAAAAGAUAUAAACUCAGAAUCUUUCAGUGUGGUGUUCGUCCAGGUCAGAAAAUCUUCAUAAGUCCGACUUUCUUCUGGCUGUCCCGUCGCCAUUCGUUCACUGCCGCACGACAAAUAUUUUUAACUUCCUCAAAGAGAACAGAGCUGUCGAAAAUACUUUUUUCACAAGAGGCCUUCUAUAUUUCUCGGCAAAUUGAAGCUAUGAAGUCUAUCAACUGCAAUGCGACACCACUGAUAACAGGUAUUGAAGUGACAAAAUAGCACCGGCGAGGCGCACAAGAUAUCAAAUUACAUGUUCACACUACAUGUGGUUUCCUGUAUGAUAAAUAUUUAUGUUCAGCGAAAAUUUCAUCCAUUUUGGGCGUUAAAUCUCGAAGCAACCAAAUGUUUUCAUAUACACGCUGUCAUGUAAGCAAUACUAAACUAUAAUAAACAGCUCGCAAAACGUCCCAACGAACUCGCCAUAUUUUAAUACUUCCAGGCCUAUGAUUCGCAUAAAAACCCGUACAGACAUCAGAAAAUACCCAGAAAUUGACAAUAACUUGUAACAUUGAAUGAUUCUUUAAUAUUUUUGCAGAAAUUCAACAAAUUGUGCAAACGUAAUUUUCCCACUCCUAAUAUAAAAUAGUAUGGAAAAUGGCGCUGGCCGCGCGCUCGCCCCAAUGUGUUUGCACCCCCUGAGCCAACGGCGUCGGAAACCUUGAAUCCCCCUAUUAAAGCGAACGCAUGUACAUUAAAGUGUCAAACGUAUGUUUACAUAUUAAAGUGUAUUCACUUUUGAGUGACAGCGGCUCAGACUCGCAGCCAAUCAUCAAUUCCUGUCCACUGGUGGACGGGGAAUCCGAAACCCAGCAGGCGGUAUUUCCCAGGCUUGCCCAAUCUCGCUCCCAGAGUAUGCCUGUUCGCGGGUUAGGUAGUGGCAUGACUCUGGGGAAAUCGAAUCGAAAUCGUUAUUUGAUUGGCUGCCGUGAUCAUCAAUGCUGCCGACACAAUUAAUGCGUGUUUUUUGCGAGAAUUACGCGUGGACAUACGCGAAGAGAGAAUUAUCAAUGUUUAUCAGAUUUGGAAUGCGAAAUCAAACGAUAUAAAUCGAAGGAUAUUAUAUUAAUCGUAUGAAAAAGUAUUGGGACGUUGGGUAUAUACUUACAAAAUGGCAUGGUAUUUAUGAAUGACUUUUUAUCGAUCUACAGUAUGAGUAUAUUUAUUAUAACCAUGGAAGAAUUGGCUAAAUGAAAUCAUCGCACACGUCGUUUUGUUAAAUUGACAUAUUGUUGCCAGGACUUUGGAGUGACAGCUUUUGCUUGUGUUAAAAACUUGAAGCUUUAAAUAAUACAGUACAUUAUGGUCAAUGGUCAACACUCAACAUGUUGUAGCCCGUGGUCUUUGUGCUUUUGUAAAUGGAGUUAUUUAUAUAAUUUUAAGAUGCCAGGUGUUUUUUGUAGCAUCUGUAUAAAUUAUAGAAUAAUUGAUUUAAGAAGUUCCUCAGGUUGUAAAACAUUUGGUUAUAGAUUUGCUUUGUAAGUGAUUGCCACUUAACAGCAUGAUGGGCUAUUCCAUUUAAUAUCCGUACACCCCCUGGAGGAUACAUGUUUUUCAUGGUUAUACCCCUGAAGAAUUUCAAACUCAAAACCUUUUACCCCUGAAGAAUUCCAAAAUUCCAAGCUCAAAACCCUUUACCCCUGAAGAAUUCCAAGCUCAAAACCUUUUACCCCUGUUCAAAGAAUUCCAAAAUUUCAAGCUCAAAACGCUUUAUCCCUGAAGAAUUCCAAGCUCAAAACCCUUUACCCCUGAAGAAUUCCAAGCUCAAAACCCUUUACCCCAGAAGAAUUCCAAACUCGAAACACUUUACCCCUGAAGAAUUCCAAGCUCAAAACACUUUACCCCUGAAGAAUUCCAAGCUCAAAACCCUUUACCCCUGAAGAAUUCCAGGGAUCCUCGAUAAGGGGUCGGGAUAUGGAUAUUAAAUGGAAUAGCCUGAUGUAAGGCUAUAACUAAGCCAAACCUGAAACAAUUUUUGCAUCAAUUUGUGUCUGGAUAAAAAAUAAGUAGUGAAUUUAAAUACAGAUGUUUCCUUGUCUGUUGCUAUGUGAAACAAUGUUGUUUAUAGCAAUAAGAGUUAUUGUUGAUCAAUAACAAUGCUCAUUUGCUAAAAAUAUACAAGUAUUGAUUCCAUUUCCAAACUAUUAUACUAUGUGAAUAUAUUGGCAAUUAAUCCAAUUAUAUAUAAAAGGAGAUACAGUAGAAUUGAGAUAGCUACCAGUUUCAAUCAAAUAACUACUUUAAUUUCUGUAUCAAUAUCAAGCCUCCUGGGUAUUAUUGUUUCCUAAGCAUCAUUGAGGGGGCACUUGUUCUAAAUAUAUGCAAUAAGUCUGGUUACCAUUAAAAAAUGUCCAUAUUCAGAGUUACCGUUGUACUAUAUUUUAUUAAAAUACUGCAGAAAUGCAAUAUAUUUCAUGAUUUUAAGAAAUUUAAUGAGGGCUGCAUGGUUAAAAGAGGAGGGGGGCUUAUUUAUUUUUUAUUUUUGUAUCCAAAUGAGGGGGGGGGGGGGUUAUUGGAAAGGGGCUUGAAGAGAAGGGGCUAAAUAUAGAAAUUACCUCCAUUCAUUCCUCUCCCUUCCCAAACAUGCUGCAGGAGAGGGGCAACUGUAGGGGUUAAAGCCUGGAUUGCAAGGUUGAUGUAUAGUUUGCAUGUUAUGUACCUGGUAAUAUGGAGAAAUGAGCUAGUAAGUAUAUCCUUGCCUAUAAUUAGUUGCCGAUUAAAUGUUCAAAGAUACACAGUGUGAAGCAUGAAAAACAAAUGGAAGAUACCCACUGCAAGAAAUUUUCAACAAAUAUAUAUGGAUUUGUUCACUUCAUUUCUUACUUUCGACACAAGUAAUUAUGGUAAUUAUAAUUACAAACACAAUGUACUGUCAUUUAAAGACUUAAUAUGUGAUCCAUGUAUAUAUGUUAAUGUAAUAUAAUAUAAAAAAGAAUGUGUUUAUUGUUAAAAUAUGGGAUAUAUAAUACCGUAAACCUCUGACUAUAAGCCCUGGGCUUAUAGUCUUUUGUAAGUGAUUUUUGGUGGGCUUAGGGGGAGGGGGGAGGCUUAUAUGCACAGGGGCCUUAUACAUGGACGAUCAAUUGUGUUAGUAAUAAACAAGUCAGUCAUAAACAGGAAAAUAGACAUGUAUUAAUAACACACUUCCAUUAACAAAGUAAGCUAUAAAGACAAUGACAGUGUUUCAAAUAUCGUUCUCUGCUAUAUUAAGAGACAAUGUCAAUGUUAAAUAACAUAGUGGGAUACUGGGCUUACAUUCAGGGGGCUUAUAUUCAGGGGACUUGUAUUCAGGGGGGGCUUAUAUUUGGGGGGGGGGCUUAUAUUUGGAAUGAGGUGAGCAUUAUAUUCAGAGGUUUACAGUAUACAGUUCAAAAAAGCUUGUAUUUUCUUGUCACAGACACACAUUUCUGGGUGCAUAUAGAACAGCUUAUACGUCAGGUUCUCACGUCGAUCCAAUGGUAAUUUGAUAUCGCUGCCAUCACCAUAAUAUAGUGUAGCACAGAAUGGCCUUGUAUCAUACUUUGACAUCAUGUCAUCAUGCAUGCAUAAAUGCCUUGGUCAUUCAUGUGGAGAUAUUACUAUCACGAUAGAAUUAGUUACGCCAAGUAACACGUCGUACACGUCAGGUAGCAGCUGAAAUAUUUUAAUAUUUGCCAUAAUAAGCCCAUAACCUCUUGGCAAAACAACCAAAACAUCUUCACCAUUUUACAUUUAAUAUGGCCGAGAUACAUUUGAAUGUCUCGUCUUUUAACAAAUAUUCAAGCUCGCUUUUCGCUAGAACAACUUUCAUAGCUCUUUCAGUAUUUGCCAUUGAAUAUAAUUUAAUAGUAGUACGAUUUAAAGAUACGGAUAAAAACCCAUUUUGUAUACUAUAUUCUGAUGAGAAUCUUUGUUUAAAACAAUAUCGAUUGUGAGCGUGUGCCCGCGCGAAUUUAGUAAGCGGAAUAAACAAAAGCAAUAAAAGCGCAUGCGCCAUUUAUCUCAUUUUGGAUAAAAAAAUUCUAUUUCCCCAGAGUCAUGCCACUACCUAACCCGCGAACAGGCAUACUCUGGGAACGAGAUUGAGGCUUGCUCAAUUUUAGGAACCGCCUGCCAUGCAGGCUACCAGCAUGGCAGCAUGCUGUCAUGAAACUUUUUUAAUCUCACUGGAAAUUUUUAAGGAAAAGCAAAAUAUCAGGAAUGAUGCUCGAGAAAUUUCAAAAAUCAGCAUUAAUUAAUUAAAGUAACAAACAUCACAAUUAGAGCAUAAAUACAACAAUCAUAACAUAAAAUUUUGUAUCAUGUACUGACAGUGCUACGACUGCCUGUCAAUUUGAAUUACAACCAAAAUUCAUAUUUAUAAAAAAACUGGCAGGAAAUUUUUGGUCUGGGAAGCCUGCUGCCAGAAUAUUUUAUCAAGGCUUGCGUUUCAACCUGUAAAUUUUGUUCCAUUUACAACUUUUUAUUUUUUAAUCAGUUCCGGCUCUUCGCGAUUUAAUUCAGACCGGAUGGGUUUUCCAUGUAAAUGGUGAACACAACCCUUCAGUGCCUUCCGGUCAGUCACUUUAAAUGGAAAGCUCAUAAUCCCAAUGGGAUUUUCUAUCCGAAAUUUUGCUUACCGUCAGCACAAUUUCAAACCGGAUGGGUUUUCCAUGUAAAUGAUAAACAACUAUGGAUUUAGUAUCAAUUCAUUAUUGAACAAUGGGUUUCAAGCGUUCUGAUUGGCUCCCUCAGCAGUGACUUUGAGGCAAUAGUUCUGAGCAGUAACUAAUGCUUUCAAAACAAAAUGGCUGGCGGAAAUCCACUUGCAAACAAAUCACCGAAGAAAAAUUGAAGAAAUUAAAGCACAUACUAUUUCUCUAAAAGCAAAAGAAGUAACAAUACAUGGUGUUAACCUAUUUCCGAAAGAAGAAAGCAAUUCAUACACCGGUAUUGUAAAAGCUCACUCACGCUCAAUGAGUGGAGGUUCAAUCUGAGCUUCUCUUGUGUGUCAAAGCUGUUUUUAAAUAGCUGGAGGGUUAGUGUCGUACCUUACUAUGUGACUACUUGCCCUGCAGCUAUUCAAAAACAGCAUUGACACUCAAGAGAAGCUUACAUUGAACUUCCACUCAUUGAGUGUGAGCGAGCUUUUAGAAAUACAGGCGUUAGAUGCCUUAUGCCUAUUUUCCACUAGCGAAUUUCUUCGCGCGGAGCGAAUUUUUUAUUGUUAAAGGACAAUGGCAACAAAAUUUUUUAUUGUUUCUUUUGAAAGAACGUUUUAAAUCAUUUCUAAAAUAAAGAUGUUUCAAUAUUUUGAUCGACUGAAAGCAAUGAACUGUCCGCCAUCUUGCAUGGAUUAUUGAGGAUGUGCAUGAUACGUCACAAGUGGGGUCACGCAAUAUGAACCCGAAACUCGUUUUUGGUUGCUAGUUCAAAUUUUGAAUUGAAUAAAAACAAUUUAAACAACAUUUGAUUGUUAGUCUGUAACUUAGAAGUAAUUUUAUAAAGCUAACCCCACUCCUGACGUCAUCAAAACGACAGUUAAUGAGGUUCAGAAUUAAUCCAAGAUGGCAGACAGCUCAUUGCCUACAUUCAAAAUAUUUCAUGAGUUCAGCUGGAGUAACACGAGCAACAAAAUUGCUGCAACUUGCAACAAAAUCUGAUUUCAACUCAUGUUAAGUAGAAAUGUGGACACAUGUUAUGUUGCCUUGUGAUUUGUAAUUUACGUGUAAACAUUUUCAAUUAGCAUGCGUUGAAAUCAGAUUUUGUUGCAAGUUGCAGCAAUUUUUUGCUCGUGUAACACCACCUUUAAGCUUGCUACAAAAAAUCUGUAAGAAGAUUUUAUAGAUAAUUUUAAACGUUCUUUUUAUUGAGAUAAUAAUUUUAUUGUUGCCAUUGUCCUUUAAAAUUGAAAAGAAUUUAUUAAAAAUCUAAUUAAUUCAUUUCCAGCCGAGAGCUUAUAUAUAGACAAAAGAUUCGCGCGACAAAUUUCGCUAGUGGACAACCGGCUUAAAACAAUUUAUUUGGCAAUUUAAAACUGGGGAAUAACAGAAUCAGACGACAAGGUUUCGACAGCUGCAUUCGUUUGACUCAAAAGCGGAAGAGUGAAGUACAGUGUUUGUAUAUAUUAUUAUUUUUCAAUACGGAAUUUAUGCUAAAACAAUUAGUCACCGCAGACUCCGUGAUCACAAGACUAUAUUCACCAGUAAAUAUAGGCUUGUAAUCACUUGUUAAAUAAUCUAACCCAAGUAGAAAAUAUAAUAAUACUUUUUGUUUGUGGAAACACCACAUAAAUUUAUUACUGCAAAGCUUUUUGAUCUUCAUCAGUGCUAAUCAUAGCAAUAUGUGAAAAAUCACUAAAGUAGAAAAUGUUCUCGAGUGCAUAUUUCAUAAUUUCCAGACCGCGCAAGCAGAAAACUCUGUCUCCCGCGGCUGGGUUUCGAACCCACGACCUUCGAAUUACUAGAUCGAUCCUCUGCUGAGCUACACGGUCAGGACGGAUCACAAUAUUACCGAGUGAACAAUAAUGCUCCCGACGUAUCCAAGAACGAAAACAACAGCGCAAAAUUUCAAACUCAUUAAUUGUAAAAUAAUUCGGCUGGAUUUCGAAACCGCGACCUUCGAAUUACCAGAUCGAUUAUGAAAUACCUUACUCGAAAACUUUUUCUCCUUAUCAUAUUACCGAGUGAACAAUAAGACAACAUUAUAUAUUUAUCACUUAUUUACUGAGACCGAGGGAAACAGUGUGUUUGGUGGACCCGAGACUGCCGCAGGCAACAACAGCGGUCGAGGAGCCACAAAAUACACUGCUUUCCCGAGGUCUCAGUAAAUAAGUGUUAUGUUAUAUAGUAUAUACGUGUCAAAGUAUGAAAAAUUGAUCGCCGGUUAUUGGAUUGAACUUAAUUUGAAACCAAAACUGGAUAAAUGGAACACCGUAAAUGUUUAAUAAAAAGUUUAAAAAUGAACUUUGGAAUUCAUGGUUGACACGCAUGCGUAUUGCACCCAUUUUAUUAUGGACCGGUCAAUAAAUGUUUCAUUGUGGACCGGUUGCCCCCUCGGCAAAGCACGCAGUGAACACGGCGUUUUGUGGAUCGGCACGUGGUACGGUUUUGACCAAUCGGCAAACAGAAAAAUUGAACUUUGACACUAACUAUAUAACAAAGAUACAUAUGUAGCUAUUGUUAUAAAUAAAUAUAAUUUUUCAUUGUCUGAUUUCAUCAUUAUAGAUUUUAUAGCGCAAAAAAAGAGAGAUAAACAUUGCAACGAUGUGCUACCUGCGAACUGUGUUGGAAAAUAUCGCGCGAGAUUCGGCAUGGCAAAUGGCAGAGCAUGGGGUUGUUUCUGUGAAGAGAACUUAUCGGAGGAUAUGAGCUUUAAUUAUAGCCAGGGAAAUUAUAACGAACAUUCUAAACUAUUGAAAAUUAAUUAACCCAUUGGGGUAUUGAGCGCUCUCCCCUUAAAGGGGCCCUACAGUAUUUUUUUAGUGGAAAAGUCACCUUAAGUAGGGGACUCCACAGAGAUUCGUUUGGCUGUAACUUACAUGCAGUAUCCAUGAGUAUGAGUACUUCCGCACACAGGAAGACGCAUGCAUGCCGUGAUGCGCAUGUCAAGUAGCGACAAUAACAAAAAAUGUAAACAAUACUUGACUAAAAAAUGACUGUAGGGCCCCUUUAACAAGUAAAAUCGUCUGGCGUCGGCCAGAGUAAAAUAAUGAAGUGGGGUGCAUUAGGAUGCAAUGCAACUUUAUAAUGGGUUUGAUAAAAUCCUUGUUCAUAUUUCGCACCGUUCGCACAGACUUGUUUUAUGUUUUUCAGAUUCACAAUAUAAGUAGUACACUCUGAAAAGACAAUAAUUAUAGCAGUACACUCUGAAAAGACAAUAAUUAUAGUAGUACACUCUGAAAACACAAUAUAGUUGUACACUCUGAAAACACAAUAUAGUAGUACACUAAUAAAUUUUAGUAGAUUAAGUAAUAAAUUUUAACCACAGUGUCCUUAGAGUUGAAUACAGAGAAGCGAGACUUUUAGCCAAAUAGGUAAAUUAUAGGUAAUUGACUGCAAGUCUUAAUUAUUCCAUGAAUGACAUGCUUUUUUCAAAAGUGUUAUAAGGGAACGGUCAUUAAUUAUUGGGGGGGGGGGAUGGCACCGAAGAGAAGUGUUUUUCUUUGCAACAGUUUUGCAGACCCAAUCUUGAAAAAGUGAGAAACAUUUUUACCCAACCUCAAAUAUCAAUUAAAAAGUAAAUACCCAUCCUUGGUAAAAGUCUUUACAAAAGGAUACUUACUAUUCAGUUGUCACAUAUGUUUUUUUCCACUUCUGUGACAUGCGUUUGAUAACUGCUUGUGCAAUUUUCUUUAGUCUAACGUUUCAAGUUGUCCGCAUGCACAUGUACUUUCUUUGGAGAUUUUUUUCCUUUGUCUAAGCCAACAUAUAACCAGCUGAUUCCCGGUCACAUUAACCUGAUUAUGGUAGGAAGAGAGAUAAAACAACUAGGAAAUUUAAUCAAGAAUAUUAGGUUAACCUAGAUACGGUUAUUUCUAGGUAAACCAGGAAACUUUAACUGAGUAUUAUUUACAAAAUAUGGAAGGGUAAUGUUUCGUAAUAAACUUUUGUUGUUUCAGUCGAAUCUAAACUAUUCGUGCAUGGAAAAGAUUCGUGGGUGCCAAAAUUGAAAAUGAGACGCGUAGUUUGUUUAUUGUGGCUAUUGUUGCUACAAUUUUCAUCAUUUAGUUAUUAAUGUUUUAUAUUUCUAAUUAUCGAUAUGUUUAGGGGUCAUGUUCGAAACACUUUCGUACACUUUUGAAUGAAGGCGUGAGUAUACGAUUUC